AUUGGAGCGGAUCAUGUAUUCACUGAGGAAGAGUUCAAACAAACAUCCAAAGAAUUUGUAAAGUCUAUUAAAUCUCGUCCAAAGUUGGCACUAAAUGGGGUUGGAGGAAAAAGUGCUUUACAAAUUAGUUCAGUUUUGGAGAGAGGAGGAACUUGUGUUACAUAUGGUGGUAUGUCUAAAAAGGCACACGAAUUCACUACAUCUGCACUUGUCUUCAAUGAUAUUCAAGUUCUUCUUUUCCUCCCAAAGACGUCUUCCAAAACAUUGGGCAGGUUGAUGAUAAAGGGUGGUGCCGUGCCAGCUCGCCAAACAUCGAUCAACCAAAACGGAGAGAGCGGCGUCGUCGCAUCUGAAACCACUGCCAACAACAUAAAGAAACGCGUCGGAGAGGAGCUGAAUCAGUUGGACAUCGAUUCGUUCGAAAGUGUUCUUCAAGACGCGGCUUCAUCGAAACGGAUAUUCCCGAAGAACGAUUCAUCUUCCCCGGAACACGAGUCUUCUUCCAAUCAGGUGGACUUCAACAUCAUGAGUCUCAUCGAAAAUACCAAGCGGCAAGCGGCUAGUAACGGCACUAGCACUAAAGACUCCGUCAAGUUCGACGACGUUGACGAGUUCAUCGAUGAGGGAGCCGAUGACGUUGUGAUCGGAAAACCACCUAACAAACCGAUUCAUCUGAUGAAUGUGACUUCACCGAUUCGUGGCAAUCCUGUUACUGACUACGACAGGUUACCCGAAACAAAUGGAGUCUCUAAUAUUGGUGUCCAUGAUCCAUUUUCACGUAUGGAAAUGGGUCACCAGACACUUCCUCAAGAUAUUUUGAAUGCGGAGAGAAUUCGGAACAGCCAAAAGAAUGUGAGAUGUGACGAAAAUGAGCAACUUAACUACAUUCAUGAGAAAGGACUAAAUGAGUAUUCAAGGUUUGAUACCAUUCUUGGACCUGCGUCGCAUGGAGAGUUUGCUUCGUUUUCACAAAAUUUGACUCCAGUCAUUUCAUGCGAACUGGGAGCAUUGAACCCAGUCAGCAUGAACGCAAUGCAACACUUCCAGACAUUAACACCAAACGGUCGUCUUCUGCCGGCUAUUCCUCGCAAAUAUUUUUCUUCGAAUGAAAAUCACCAGCGUAUCACAACUCGCCCAGCACCUCAGAAGUCGCCAGUCACCAUAAUGUUGCAAACAACUGCUCCAUCUUUCCACAACACUACAUCAGCAGACUCCAACAUGGCGAACGUUCACUCGGGAACUCCAAUAUCUUCUGUAAUUCCAUCGGCCGUUGUGGAGGCUCAACUCUCUCCGGAAAGUGCUAGCAGCAAGAAGAAAGCUAAGAAAGCUGCUGCUAAGAAAGCUAAAGCAGCGAAGGAAGCCGCCGAUGCAGAGAAUGUUGUAAUCGAAGGAGAAGAAAGAAACGAUAUCAAUGAGAACGACGAUAAAAAAGAUACGGAAGAGGCAGCUAUUGGAGAAACUGUAACAGACCAAAACAAAGCUUCCGGACAGACCAAGUCCAAGGCGCAGAAGGCCAAAGACAAGAAAAAGGCGAAGAAGGAGCAAGAUGAGAUGAAAGAUAUUGGUCGUGAUGAAGAGAAAAAUGAUUCUUCAUUGGUGGGAAUUCAAGGGAAACAAAAUCAUUAUUUUAUCAGAUAUUAUAUUUGCAUUACUUUUUGUUUCUUCCAUAUCUUCCUUUUUCAACUCUUUCUGUUCAUCUUGUUCAAUGUCUGUCGUAGAUAUCCGACCGGAAUUUUCAUAUUUCUAGACUUGAAGUUUUUCCUGAUGGUAGAUCACUUUAUUUACGCGCGCAUUUUUCGUUCCGCGAAUUUCAUCGUUUCCAAUCAUAGUUCUGUUGAAUUGAGUUUACCAAAACAGGCAAUCAGUCGUUAUUCGAAUAUCUUCAACUAA